AUGCCUCAUGUUCACCACUUUCGUCGGGAUGUCAUCCCUUCACAUCGAUUGCCCUUUUUGCUCCCUAGUCCCUCCUCUAUAGCCACACAGCUUCCAUCUCUGGUGGCAAGAUCCGAAUCAUCUACGUCGACCGCGGGACCAAAACCCACCAGCAAUCUGACAACCACCGUCUUGCCUGUCGUUCUUGGUGCAGGAGUUCCCAUUUUGUGUGCUAUUAUCGUUUUGUUUGUGCUUCACCGGAGACAUGUCAAGAAACUUCUACGGGAAGAUGCAAUGGAUAAGCAUAAAUCUCUCGAUUUUGGAAUGGAUACAGUGGGGCCUGCCACCAAGAGGAAAGGUCCCAAUGGAAUGCCCCCAAUGACACAACCAGCCCAUACCAAAGGAUUGUCUCUUGAUGUCGGUCCAUAUCUGAUGCCUCCGAACCUGAAAGGUUCCCCGAGACUCUGCGAUGAUGACAAGUACCGUCCAGCCACUGCCUCCAUUCGGUCGUACCCCAGAAAUUCCAAAUUUGGAGAUGUCGAUGACGGCAAUUCAGGUCUUCUUCAGAAUGCACAGAGGAUGUCUCGUUCAUCCCCGCCGCUGUACUCCUCCCCUAUCGAAUCUCAUGGACGCAGUCCUCCGAACCAGCACAAUGACUACCUUGGGCAAGUUCCCGGAGUCACGCCUCCACCUGCCGCACAGCAACCCGGCAUGGCUAUUGGAAGUCCCAAUGCCAACCGAGAGCCCCUCCCCCAUCUGGAUUCCUCUUCAGGCCUGAACUUUGGACUGGAUGAUACAUAUGGCAACACAUAUAACAACCAGCAUGAAGAGCGCCUCAACUUCCCGCUGCCCGACCCUUCGCAAGCACGAGACUUGAACCAUGACCAGGCCCCUGCAUCACAGCUUCCUCGUAUUUCCCUGCCGGCCAGCGUUAUUACCAGUAGUGACUACGGCGAUGACCGCAAGUCGCAAUACAAUCUCCCUGCGGUCAACAUCCAUGGCAUAGAAGAUGUACAGCAACAUGAUGCCCCAGGCUACGAUAACAGGCACGCAGAACUUCCAGAGGAACCUCACAAUCUGGAUGCCGUGUAUGAUAACCGUCGCGAUACCCGCCGGAUGACUCUCGGUUUGCGCCCGUUGCCCCCAGAAGACCCCGCCGACAACCCAGAACAGCGUGCCAAUCGGAUUCGCUCCUUCUACAAGGAGUACUUCGAUGAGAGCAAGGGGGCGCAGGAGCCCACUUACUAUGAGGACUUCGGGCCCGAGUUCUAUGAGGGCGGCGGUAAUUCUGCUGGUUUCAUCUACGACCCCACCACCGGCGAGUAUUAUGAUAGCAGUCAUGGUGCUGCUCCGUUCGCCGAGCCGAUCACUCGUCGCGCGAUGACCCCGCCGCCUCGCGCACCUCCACGCUUCCAGGGAGCCGCCCGCCAUAUGGCCACUAACUCUGCUGGCUUCAAUGGCAUGCCCAGCCCACGCGCCUUCUCGUCUGCCUCCGGCCGUAUGCCCGGUCCACGCGGCCCCAAGAAACCAAUCCCACCCCCGUCGCCGCUGCAAGUCCUUCCUACUCCUCACAUGUUGACGGAUGACUCCCUCAUGAGCGCCAUGGACUUUGCCCCGGCCAAUGGAUUCAAGGACCGUCGGGCUGGUCGCCCCGAGACACCCACCGGUGGUAUGCGCCCGUACGUCCCUGGUGUACGUGCUCACACGCCACUGGCCUCUGCCUUUGACGAGCUCGCCGUGAUGCCCAGUCCUUAUGCCCUGCGCAAGUCCGGCACGUUCACCAACCUGGACUUUGUGCCCCCGCCCCGGUUCAAGAACGAGGGUGGUUCCGGCAGCGAUGCGGGUAGUAUCCGUAGUGCUCGGACUGCCGUCUCUACUAACCACCAAAAUAAUAUCCGCAUGGGCAACUACCGUGUCAGUCGUCUGCCGGCCGAGGCCGUCGGUACUAAGGACGACAUGAUGGCCAGUCUGCGUCCGAAGUGGGAUAUGAACAACGCAUAA